ACGAGACAGGACGUGGUUUACCUGUGAGACUGAGACCGGGGCAGAAAGUCAGAGGAGGAACCUGGAGAAAAUCCGUGGAAAAGCUGCACUUAUGAUUUUCUCUCUGUUUGGAUUUUCGAUUUAUCUGCAUGUCUGUACAGCUACAAACACAGGGACCCUGAACGCACCACCGCGAACAAACAAACACGAUUUUUUAUUUUUUUUUUUUUUCACAUUUUAUCAUCGUUUGUAGUUUUAGCUCAACUUUCUAACCCUCUACAUGGAGUCUGCAGGUAAGUUGAAUCCUGCUGCUACUAAAGGCAGAAAAAUGAAAGUUUGGUGCAGAGAUUUGUCUGCGAGGCUGCAGAAAAACAUUGAUUUAACCCUGAAAAGUGCAGACUUUUACCCUUUGUAGGAACUAAAUUCAGGUGCAGUAUGCAGCGAACACUGUUUUCCAAAGUCGUGCAGUCAUUUUAGUUACUUAAACUUUAGUUAGGUUGUUUUUUUUUUUCUUCUCUGUUUCAACUCAACCUCAUCUAAGUGUCAAUUGCUACACUUAAACAUCACUGCAGUUUUGGUUAUUUGACAAGUUAAGACACACACCACCUUUACAGAGCUCAAAUAUAUGAGGCUAGUAACAGUAAGUACACUCUCAAAGAUCUUUAAUGACUGAUUAUUUACAUUUUAAAGUUUAAGCAUCUUAAAAAACGGGAAAAGUUGAAGUUUUCAGCUUUUUCUCAACUAUUCAAACCAUUUUCACUCAAAUAUACAAGUUAAAAAUAAUUAUAAUAAUAACUUUUAUUUAUAACGCGCUUUUACAGGUGCUCAAAGAUGCUUUACAAAAAGAAACACAAUUUAAAAUACAGAAAAUUUUGAGUGAUAAGACCAACAGUGUAGAAGGUUAAAAAGACAAAAUUAAAAGACAAUAAAAGAACCGGUCAAAGGUUAAAAGCUCAUUUAAAAAGGUUUGUUUUUAGGAGUGAUUUGAAAGUGUGGGGGUCUGUACAGUCUCAGAUGGGUUUGAGCUGGGGAGUGAUUUCCAGAGGGUGGGGGCGGCAGCAGAGAAGACUCUGUCCCCCCCAAGUUCAAAAAAGGUUUUGUAAGGAUCUGAUUUCUUACGAUCUGUCACCGUGUUUAUCAGGAGUUAUUCUUUGCAAAACCAGCUAAUGUAGAUAAAGUAAAUAAUUAAUGAUGAGUAUCCAUUCCAAACAAACAUAAAGUGAUAUAAUGGAUAAUUCUUCAAAUUUAGUGGAGAAAUACAUUAAAACAGUCAAAUGAUGACUAUUAUAAAGUCAUUACAGCACAGUAACAAAGAUUUGAAGUAUACUUAUGCUCGUUUCUGCGCCUGUAAUGAGUUGAUCUUAAUUAAAGGAGAUGUAGAGAGUAUUUAGGAUGCUGUGGUUUAUCUGUCUCACUAUCAUUGGUCAGAUGGUCACAAAGGGCGGGAGGGCGGCAGCCUGAGGCGCUCCCCCCUCGACGUGCUCAUGAAUCAGAUCCGCAGGAAACGCUCGGCCGCAGACAGGAAGCCUCUGGGACGCUUCCUGUCCUGGUCGUCGGACCGGACCGGGAUCUCAGAGGACACAGAGACGGAGAGCCGUGAGGAGAAAGGACAGAGCUCAGGUCAGGGGGAGAGGAAUCUGUCCUUUUGUACGGUGGCCCUGAAGGUCAAUGGAAAAAAUAUUUCAUAAAAAUAAAACCUGAAAAAAAAAAAUUCAGUAUGAUGUUAAGUUUCAUCAGAUUGUCAAUAUGUUUCCACUAUUUUAAUUAAAGCAAUAAAUGACUGUAAGAGAUGUUUGAAGGAUGACUCUAAACUGUAAUGAUCUGUGUCUCAGGUGUCUCAGGUGUCUCAGGUGUGUCAGAGGGGACAGAGAGUGGGAGGGACGUCGGCUGGGGUCGAGUGUGUGUUUUCCUGCAGAGGUUGGGGAAGAAGGCGGACAGCCGGAGCCUCAGCCUGGCUCACUGUGACCUCACUGCCACAGACCUGCUGGAGCUAGGUGACUACGCUAACUCCGGGUCGCUGAUAUAACUCCGAUCAUUUUAGUUUAGUACAGGUUCUUAAAAACUUCUAUGAAUUCAUCAUUCAAAGCAUCUACAAUCUGAUGCAUUUUCCUCCAAAACUUUCAAUCUGCUUUAAAAACGUUGAAAAAGACUCAGCUCAGACCCAAAUCCUUCUGCAGCGAUGAGUUUUUCUUUGCAGCAAAAUAGAGAAUAGAAAGAAAUCCAUUUCUCUAAAAGCAGAAGCAGGCUGUUCAUCAUCUCCUUCCUCCUCUUCCUCUCUGCAGCCACCUUGCUGCAGUUCCUCCCUCGGCUGGAGGAGUUGGACGUCUCCUGGAACGAGCUGCUCGGUGGAUGUCUGAGAGCGUGGACCUCUCACCUGCAGAACGUGGGCGGGGUCCGAAAGCUGCGGCUCUGCAGCUGCAGGCUGAACGACGAGGAUGUCACUGCUCUGGGUGAGAAAAUAAAUUAACAUAUUCGUAAAGAUGAAUUAAGAAAUCCAUCCAUGGUUGAGUAAACUUUGAAUGUUUUAAAGUCCGCUUGUUUCUGUGUUGGUGUAGGUGAAGUCCUCAGCGGUUUGCCCCUCUUGGAGAUCCUGGAUUUGUCCUGGAAUAGCGGUGUUGGAGGUGCUUUGCAAAACCUGCAGGGAAAUCUUCAACCUUCUCUGAGGGAGCUUCACCUGGUUGCCUGCCAGCUCACUGCAGCAGAUGCCGCCGCCCUGGGUACCAGUUUAACUCAAACAUAGUUAUAAGGAAGAUUAAAAACAGAAAAUGAAUAAACGGCGUCCACAUGUUUGACAUCAGUGUCCUGUUUGUGUCCGUCUCAGGAGGUCUGGUGUCUUCUCUCCCCUCACUCUGUGUGUUGGACGUCUCCUGUAACCCUCAGCUCGCACAGGGCGGUGACGGCGGCGGAGGCUUCAUGGAGUUAGCCUCUUCGUUGUCUCGUGCCACUUCCCUCACAACGCUCCGACUGCAGGCCUGCGGUCUGACGGAGGACGGCUUGGACGCUCUCAGUAGGAGUCCAGAGUUUUGUUGCUCUGAUCUGGUUGAAAUAAAAAAUACAUGAUGAGGAACAGAUUUCGGUUUGUGACCUCCUUCUUUCUCUCCUCCUCUGUCCUGCAGGUGGUUCGCUCCACUGCCUCCCCUCAGUGCGAGAGUUGGACCUAUCCUGUAACAAAAGUAUUUCUGGAGGACUGAACCGCCUCACACCUUACCUGGCUCACCUCACACACCUGGAGAACCUGGACUUCCACAGCUGCAGUCUUACACAGGCCGACCUGGAGGCCCUGAGUGAGUCUGCGUGACUCCGGAUUAUGAAAAACUCUGAACUGUAGAGAAGUUUUUAACAGUCAUGUGACUUCUCUUUCUCCAGUCCAGGUGCUUCCCUCUCUGAUCGCUCUGACUGAACUUGAUAUCUCGUCCAAUAAGGAAGCAGGGGGCGUGGUCCACUCAUUAGUCUCCGCCCUCCCUCUGAUGAAGAUGAGGCGUUUGCCGCUCAACAGCUGCAGCCUGAAUCAGGAGUCCUUCACUGCCUUUGGUACGACACUACAAAAACACCAAUACUGAGACUUUUGAGGCCAGUAUUAUGACUAUUUCAAGUGCUGCAGGGAUUAAAAAACUUUGAUUAUUUACAUUAGAAAAAGUUUUUAAAAAAUAGUCCAUCAAUAGAAAAAAUCCUGCAGUCAUAAUUUGAUAAAUGCUGCUGUAAACUUCUCAUAGGCAGCAGCUCAAACUCACAGAUACUUCUAUUAUUCUGUCUAUUAGAAGGUGCAGAUUAUUUCUGACUUGUCUGCUGAGCUGUGUUGAGUGACAGUACCGUUCAAAAACAGAGUGGUGUUUCUGUUUUCCACCACAGCAGCAGAAGGAAACAGGAAUUCUCUGCUGCAGUUUAACUACGGUGUCCUGAAAGGGACAUAAAAGCCUGUAAUAAAGGAGAAACUGAGCUUUAACUUUGGACUUUAACUGAACUUACCGCUGACAGCCCGAUUGUUAAUGUACUGAAUAGUAUUUGCAUUUAACUGCAGAGGAAACAACCCAGGCCUGUAGCUAUGCACGCCCAAAUCCUGCCUCUGAAAAGAGAAACAGCCAAUCACAGUUUGGAUUUAAUGUCCUACCUGAGGACCUGAAGAUUUAUCUCAUAUUUGCAUUUGUGGGCAGCAGUAGCUCAGGAGGUAGAGGGAUUGUCCGAUAACUGGAAGGUUGGUGGUUCUAUUCCCUCCUAUCCUUAGUCUGUCUGUUGUGUCCUUGAACAAGACACUUAACCCACCUCCCUCCCAGUGUGUGUCCUCCGCUGGUGUGUGAUUGUGAGUGUUGUGUGGUGGUGGUCGGAGAGGCCGUAGGCGCAAACUUGCAGCCACGUUUUCAUCAGUCUGCCCCAGGACAGCUGUGACUACUGAGGUAGUUUACCACCACCAAGGUGUGACUGUGUGAGUGAAUGAAUGAUGGAUCCGAUGUUUAGCGCUUUGAGGGUCUCUGAUAAAGCGCUAUAUGAAAUCUGAUGCAUUAUUUAUAAUAAUUAUUAUUUAUUGAAUGUAAUAUCAUUAAGAUGAAAUAACUUUAGUGAGACACAAAGCUCUGCUGCACUGAGGACCUCACUGGAUGCAUCUGUCUGCAUAAUUGUCUUAUUUUAUCUUCUGUUGCGGGAACUUUAGGGAUGACUGUGUAGACAUAAAAUGCUAGCCUACACUGUGCAGUGACAAAACAAGUGUUUUAUUUGUGCCUGUCUGACUUGUAUGUCAGCCCUGGCUGUGCCGUACCUGCACAGUGUGGAUGUUUCCUGGAGUAAGGUUGUUGGUGGACAUUUGGCGCUCCUCCUGGAUGCUCUGCAGCCGUCGGUCGUCCUGGAGCUUCGCCUCAGCAGCUGUGAGCUCUCCACAGAGGACCUCGCUCACCUCGGUAAAGUCCUUAUUUCUCUCUCCAGUUUCACAGAUAUUCUGCUGCAGAUUCAGUCACACCGCUCUGUCUUUGUCUUCUUGUCCAGCUGCCGUGUGCAGACGUGGCUGCCUGUCCUCCCUGCGGGUGUUGGAUCUGUCCUAUAACGGCUCGGCAGGUGAUGAAGGCUGGUCCGCUUUGUUUGCAGCAGGAGGCCUGGGCUCGCUAGAAGAAGUGGACCUCAGCCUGCGACCUUCGACCUCUGCCUCAUGCUCGGCCUGGCUCCCGGCGCUGCUCUGCGCUCUUCCUCGUCUUCCUGCGCUGACUCGCCUGGCGCUGCAGCGUUGGUCCAUGAGCUCUCAGGAGAGGCAACAGCUGAACCACAGUCUGAGGAAGAGGAGCGUCCUGCUGGAGUGGGACCCACCAAGUACUGAUGUGAUGUCAUCGUUCAAAGGGACCAAUCAGGAGGGUCUAGAGGAGAGUCAGUCUGAGGAGUAGGAGAUCUGACCUGGGAUGAUAUUAUUUUCUUAUAUGAUUACCUCAGCACUUUUUUUGACUCCUCAUGGUGGAGCUGACGACAUGAAUCCUGCACUUUUAUCAAUGAGAGACUUUUGUAUCUUCAGUAUCUUAGAAAUCAUGAGUCGUGUUUAAUAAUCCUGCAACUUAUAGGUUGUUGCAGAAUCAAUGUGUUGUGAAAAUAUUUUCACUGUUAUUGCACAGUGUACAGAAGUUUAAUGACUCAGAAUUUUGACAUUAUUCUGAUACACACAGGGAUUUAUUGUGCAUGCAAACAAAGUCAUUUUGAAUUUGAUGAACAAAUUUGUAGAUUUUAAAAAGGUUUUAUGUUGGAAACUUGAAGAGAAAACAUGAAAAAAAUGAUAUUUUGUAAAUUUUGAAAACUGAUCAAAUUCGAGGAACAAAUCUGUUAUAAUUUUCUUUUUGUUUUUUCAGAUUUAACCUUUCUAUAAAACAUGAAAAUGUUGAGAUCAGAGCACAAACCGUUACUGCAGAGGGAGAAUUUCUUGUUUAGUUUGAAUGAGACGUGUUAACAGUUUGCACCUUGAUUUAAAAUCUGUCGCUGAAGACAGUUUUGUUCUUUUCUAA